AUGUAUGGGUGUCAUGAAAUUACACGCUUAUUUCUAACCAAAGGUGCUAAAAUUGAACAAAAAGACAGUGGUGGAUGUACCCCUUUGCUUCAAAGUUGCAAUAAUGGACAUUUAAAAGUAAGUGAAAUAUUAUUAGAAAAAAAUGCAAAUUUUCAUCAAUGUGAAAACAAUGGCUGGUGUCCGUUGCACUUGGCAUCAUCUGAUGGAAAUACUGACCUUAUUGAACUUCUAAUAAAGCAUCAGGCAAAUAUCAAUCAGCAAAUGCAUAACGGAAUGACACCAUUAUACAUAGCUUCAGAUGACGGUCAUGCAUGUGUAGUGAAAUUAUUACUUAAGUAUGCUGCCAAAGUAAAUAAGUGUGAAAAUAAUGGAUGGUCUCCAUUAAAAAUUGCAUGCUUUCAUGGGUUUAAAGACAUAGCUGAAUUGUUAAUUUGUCAUGGUGCACAUGUAAACAAAGGUUCACAGAGUGGUUGGUCUCCAUUGCAUUUGGCAUCAUCUGAUGGAUAUAUUGGCGUGAUUGAACUUCUUGUAAAGCAUCACGCAAGCGUCAAUCAGCAAAUGCCUAACGGAAUGACACCAUUAUACUUAGCUUCAGAUAACGGUCAUGUAUGCGUGGUGAAAUUAUUACUUAAGUAUGCCGCCAAAGUAAACAAGUGUGAAAACAAUGGAUGGUCUCCAUUAAAAAUUGCUUGCUUUAAUGGGUUUAAAAACAUAGCUGAAUUAUUAAUUAAUCAUGGUGCACAGGUAAACGAAAAUUCAAAGACUGGAAAAACACCACUUCAUACCGUUUGUUUCAAAAAUUAUUUGAAUAUAGCUACACUACUAAUCCAGCAUGGUGCGUCGGUUAACGAAAAUGACAAGGAUGGAAAUACGCCAUUAAGUAUAGCCUGCGAUAAAAAGUUUAAUGAAAUUUCUGAAUUUUUACUUGAAAAUGGUGCAGCAAUAAAUAACCGUGAUGAAUAUGGUCGGACACCUUUACACAUAGCUAUUAUAAAUGAAAAUACAGAUCUGAUUAAGAUUCUAAUCGAACAUGAUGCAGACGUAAACUUGAAUACGAAUAAUGGAAUAAGUCCGAUUUAUGCAGCUUGUCAGUUAGACAAUAUAGAAGCAGUAAAGAUGCUGAUGAGUUAUAAAGCUGACAACUAUUAA